AGAGGAGAACAGUUAAGUGAGAAAAAUGAUUUCCCACUCUUGAAAAAUGCAGACAUUAUGGGCUGGAAAAUGAGGAUUUUACUCGCUUGGUGGCUUGCUUCUCUAUGCUUAACAGGGUGGUCUGAAGGUGUCCAGGUGACAGUUCCUGAGCAGAAGAAGUUUGCGAUGUUGUUCCAGUCCGUGGUUCUUCGCUGUCAGUUUUCCACCUCCUCCAGUCAGCAGCCCGUGGUGCAGUGGUGGUACAAGUCCUACUGCCACGACCGCACCAGGGAGGCAUUCAGCUUCACAGACUCCGUCACCCACCAGAUCCCAGACCAAGGCUCCACUUCCCACCUGGAUUGCAGGGACAGCAGCAGAACAGUCAGGCCUGUGGCGUCUCGCCAAGGAGUUACAUUCACACUGGGGGAGAAUUACAAGGGAAGAGACAUCACCAUUACUAACAAUGCCGAUCUCCGAAUUGGAGAGCUUCAGUGGGGGGACAGUGGGGUGUAUUACUGCAAGGUGGUUACUUCUGAUGACUUAAUGGGACAGAAUGAGGACAGAAUGGAGCUCUUAGUGUUGGGUAAGACAGGGCUGCUUGAUGAUCUCUUGCCCUAUUUUGAUGUGAAGAUUAUGCCAGAGUGGGUGUUUGUGGGUGUGGUGAUCCUGGGAGCCUUCACAUUCAUUCUGUUUCUGGGUAUCUGCUGGUGCCAGUGCUGUCCUCACAGCUGCUGCUGCUAUGUGCAGUGUCCCUGCUGCCCCGAGUCAUGCUGCUGCCCGCGACACUUGUAUGAAGCUGGUAAAACAGUGAAGACAUGUGCCUCCCCUCAUAUUGCACCGGUCUACCCUCCCUAUUAUGUGCCUAAUGUCCCCAUGGCUGCCAUUGGACCUCCAGCAAUGAUGGGUCCAAAGACACAGCCUCCAGUAAUGGAGAACAGUGUCACAGGGGUUCGCAGUGGCUACCGAAUCCAGGCCAAUAAGGAACAGGACUGUAUGAAGGUUCUGUACUACGUAGAAAAGGAGCUUGCUCAGUUUGAUCCUGCCAAGAGAACGUAUGAGAAAUCCAGCACCAUGUCAGAGCUGAGUUCUCUUCACGAAGGGGACGCUGAUUUCCGUCAGUCCUACCGGCGGGCUCAGAAAAAGGCUCUUCCACCAAUCGGUGACCGAGAUGACGACCCUGCCUUCACCCCCACUGCAGCCGCCCACGUGAGGAAGUCGGCCCGGCACCCCCAGCGCAUGAACAGGUCUGAAGAGCAGUACCACAGCAGCAGGUGGAACCCCAGAUCUGAGCAUCUUCAGAGAAAAAUGUUGCCAGCCAGUGGACGCACAGGGUCUCUGGAUGAGCUGGAGGAGUUUGCAGAAUCCUACCAUCAAAAAGGGAGGCGCUCUGAGUACAGGGAGUCGGAGCUGGAUUACAGACAGGACUGCGAGACCAAGGAACACUGUCCACCCCCAUUCAGAGACCAGCACCAUUACCAUGAUGACAAGCCAGCCAGAAUGGACCAGCACCAGUACCAGGAGUCCUUCCCUGACGAGUACUACAGCAAGCGAGACCGAAGUCGGGAGGGCUUUUACAAGUCGGACAGGGGGCAACCGUACAGCCCUCCUUCUAAGAGGAGAGACCUCAGUGACUGUUACCCGCCUCGGUACCCUACUGCAAACAGGGCCUACGACAACACCUACCUAACAAGCAUUCUGGAAAAGAAAGCCAGGGGCAGACGUCUGGAGGAGAGCUUCAACUGUGAGACUCCCUUCAAAUCCAGCUCCAAAAAGAGCGGCGACAUUAAUUACAACCGAUCUCCCAGUUACAGGCGCGAAGAGGAAGAUUCAUUGCCACCUUACUCGGAGAGAGACGCCGAGCGGCACAGGCCACUGGAGUCCUCAGCAAGGCAUUUUUCCUACACAAGGGAUGGCACACAUGAUAUCAGCAUGCACGCUGCGCAUGGGAGGAGGGAAAGGGAGAAGCUCAGGAAGACGAACACUGUACCCAGCAGAGAUUCCCUUAUAGUGUGAAACUGAAAAAGAAGAUGAAUCAAUUUUUUUCAAAGGAGAAGGGAACACCAGAGUCCAAUGGUACUGUUAGGUUUCACUCUCCUGGCAUUGUUUGAUGGAGAUGUACUGUAAGUACCACAUGGAUUAGAGGCCCCUGUGUACUGCCCGACUGGUUACCUACAGAUUUCAGUCCAGGAUUGAUAGAGGAGCCAGGAUUGGAACUCCAGCUCAGUACUGUCAAUGUCACAGUGUUCUAAGAACAUUCAUCUGUAAGUCACUGUGCAGCUUUCAGACUUUCAAACUUACAAAGCCACAUCAGUGUGCCUGGCUGUUUCUACCAUGCUACUUGAAGACUGAAGCCAAAACUAAUUAGUAGCUAACCUGAGUUUUCAGGUUAUCAGUUAUUUUUCUUUUUUUUAGAUUUUUAUUUUAAAAUUCAGAGUUGUAGGAUUGUCUACAAUGAGGAAAGAUGACAUGUGGAAAAAAUCAGAGCCAUGAACCAGAUUGCCACAAUUAAUGAUCUCUGCUGUAUGAAUGAAAUGACAGUCUGACUAUGGUGGUGCAGUAUUAUUUUCAAGAUGUGUUAAACAGAUGCAUUUUAAGGACAGAUACACUUGGCUAAUAAACAGGUCCAUCACCUGAUAACUCCACUUACAAUUUCGCUUGCUCUACCGGUGCAGCGUCUGGAUGACGUUUUAACCACCCUGUAUAAUUAAAAGAAGAAAAUAGCUUACACUUAAUAUCCAUGGUCAUAUCAGUGUUUUAAAAAACGGUAUUUCAAAAUGAUGAUCUGUUGAUCAGCUUCAAGUAGGGUCUCAAGUGACAGAUUAGGGUCCUGUGUCUUUGUAUAACAUUACAAGUGACAGGGAGGUACAGUUGCACUGAAAGAUUCAUUGACUUGUCCAAGAUUCAGAUUCAGACUCCCCGGCUCUACUGACUGUAAAAGGAAAAGUUCUGUCAGAAGGAUAUAGUCACAGAAGUUAAUGGUGUGCUGCUACAUGUCUAAAUAUUCAGUGUUUUAGAUAUAGGAAGAGUGAGCCUAACUGCUUUAUAAUGUCUGUUGAGCUUGAUAAAAUAACGGAUGGAGUGUCAGGAAUAAAAUAGUGAUACUCUAAACCAAGAUUACAAGACAGGGGGUCUUCCCAUCUCAAGCCAAAUAUUUUCCACAUGGCACCUUCCUUUUAUUAUGUGUAUAGCAAGCAAUACUUCAUUACACAGUGUCACAAAGACGGCUAGUGCGGGUAUAUAUAUAUAUAUAUAUAUAUAUAUAUA